CCACCUUCUUUGUAAAGAGUGUGUGGCCCCAGCAGAUCCAGAAACUCCAAUCUCCUCUCUCUCUCUCUCUCUCACACUAAGGGCCUUUUCUCCUUUUCUUUAAGCCUUUGCUUGUUGACAAAUUUAAGCCUCCUUUCAUGGCUUCCUUUCCCUUUUUCCAAACCACUGAAUAGGCCUCCACCUGCUGCUUUUCUUUCUCUAAGUGUCAGCUUUCUCAAAGUCCCUCAGCUCAUUUCUGUUUUCUUCAUAAUGGGUUCUCUACGCUUCUCUCCUUUUCGGCCUGGUUUUCUCCGAUGCUUUUCUUUCUUUCCCAUAUCCUUUUCUCCGCUUUUAAUGUGAGUGGGUCUCCUGAAUUUUGAAUGCUAAACGACAAGUUUUUGGAGUUGUGUGGAUUAUCAGUGGAUUGUGUAACUGGAUUCUUGAAGCAGUGGAUUUGAGUGAGCUUUUAUUUGUCUCUUGCCUGAGGUAACGUGGAGCAAAUAUGCAGUGUACGAGCUACAUCCCUGUAUAUUACCAUGCGAGGGAUCUUAAUGUAGGUUCAAGUGGCUUUUCUUGGCCCCCAUUUAAUAGUAAUCCUAGCUAUGGAGAAGAAAGAGGCUUCCACAGUUCUUUGACACCAUGUACUAUGGACCAGUACUUAGGUUAUGACAAGGAGGUGCUGAGGCAGAUAAUACAGUAUCAUGAAGCCACAUUUAGAUAUCAGGUCCAUGAACUGCAUCGAGUAUACAGAAGACAAAGGGAGUUGAUGGAUGAAAUGAGAGUGAGAGCAAUCUUUGCACAGCAUUUACCAUCACAAACUUCAGAAUCAGUUUAUUGUUCAUCUCAUGCCUGGUCUGAUGUUUCUCAAAGUAAGUCACGUGCAACAAGCUGGCUUCUUGGAGAUCAUUCACAUUGUAAGUUGCCUGAGCUAACAGCACACAACAUUCAACGACCACCAACUUUUGCAGCAGAGAACUUUCAAGAACACGCAACAGUGUGUCCUGGUCCUUCCAUCAGAAAAAACAGUUAUAUUGAAGUCAAAUUUCCAGCAUCCAGCAACCAAGGAAAUGAAAAGAGAAUUUUGGAUCUUGAACUUCCAGCUGAUAUGUACCAUGAAGAAGGAGGCAAGCAGUUUAAAGAGGGAAAUCUUUCUGAAGCACCUGAAAUAACACGUAAUACUCCUAAGAAACUCUCCAACAUUCAGCCUAAGAGUGAUUCAGAAAUUGAUUCUGAUGAAGCAGGGGAUUUGUCUAGUUUUCAUUUAAAUAGCCGGAAAACAAAUUGUUUUAUUGAUUUGAAUGAACCCAUUCAGCUUGAACCACAACCUUCAAUGUCCACUGGUCCUUUUGAAACUUACACCUGCCCUAUGGAGGUUAUGCACAAUGGUCCGUACGUUUCUGGAGAAGUAACACCAGAAUCUGUAGUUCCCAAAAAUGCUGCACUUCUAAGCAGUGAUGACAGUUUGAAUGGUAUAACUUUCUCAGUGGAUAUUGAUUUGAAUUCUAUGCCUGACAGCUGUUUUUCAGAGACAGAAAGUAUUCUUGAAAAUCUCCGGACCAUAAAUAAAGAAACUACAUUAGUUCCCGGGUGUAGCUCUGUCUAUGAUCAUGCAAGGAGGAAAGCGGAUGGUGUUGAAGGGAAUCCUGUUGCAGACACUGGUGACAAGUUCUUGAAGACAAAAACUUGCACUGACUUGAACACUGGCACAAUUGUCCAUGAGCCUUCUCCACAACCAUCAAAUACAAUUGUCCUGAUUAAAUCUGCCGACUUGGAGGGUCCAGUGAGCCCAGAGAACGAGGAGUGUUCUCCUCCGAGAGGCAAGUCUGAGGAUAUUCAACUGGAGACGCCUCCUCUUUUAUCUGAACAAAGGGAGGGAGAACAGUCCAUGAAACUUGAUACCAUUGCUGCACAGACUUUAGUGACAAUUUCUUGUUGUAGAGUCCAAGAAUAUAUGAAGGCUGCAAUCCCAGAGCCACUGGAAAGCUUCAGAAACCAUCUCUAUUGGUUUGCUGAAAUUGUUUCUUCCACCAGAGAUGAUCUAGAGAAUAAGGUUACGAAACUCCAGAACAACACAACUGAUACUGCUGUAAAUCUCUCUCAUGUUGUCAAAAAAGAGAAAGAAACAGGUGAUUUAUCCAGUCGGUCUAUGAAGGGCCAUCCUAGGGGGACAAGGCAACAGAAGGACAUCCGAACAGAAGUCCUACCUUCCCUUUCUUCUCUCUCCAAAGGUCUUCACACAAUUGAAGGAUGUCCACGAAUAGGGUCGUCCAAGAGAAAAAAUUCAGGCAAAAAAACUCAUGCAAAACCAAGAAAAUAUUCCAAGUUAUCGACGAGCUCCAUUAUGAAGCAGCAUGCUACUCAGACUAGAGAAGGUGUUCUGCAGGGUUGGGGAAACAUAAGGAAACGGCAAGGAGGUCGUAGACGUAGGACUAGUAAAUUUCCCGUUAUUAGCUCAGCUCAGUUCGUGGGAGCAAAGUAAGUAAUUUUUCUUUGUAUCCUUGUGCGGGAUCUUUCAUACAGUAGCAUAUUACGUUGUCCCAAUCAGUUUGUGGAGCUGUUUGUGAUUAUGAACAUUCUUGCAUACAUAAAAUUGAUCUUGUUCCAAAGUU